AUGUCAUGUCAAAGAAAAUCUGGUGGAGUUCAACCAAAAUUUCUUGCUUACACUCGUCCAUUUGUAGGACGGAGAGACCCUGUUCUGUGCGAUUCUUCCGUUCUGUUGAGAUUUCAUUGUACGAUUCUUCAUUUCUCAUUCGUUGCUGCCAUGUAUAAUCUGAUGACAAAGUCAUUCCUCGACCUCCAGGAUGCCAUGAAAGAGAAAGAGGCCGCUGCUAUUGCGGAAGAAGAUGUCGUUGAAAUAGAAACUUGGAACCCAGAGGAGAGUCUCCGUCCAUUUCUGAAUGAGGCCCUGCUGGUGAAUGAGGAAAUGGACUCCAUUCUCAACCUUCUCGCCCAUCUUAAGGCCGCCAAUAACGACAGUAAGUUGGCCCACAAACAAGAUCUGAGGCUCGCCCUGCGCGACCGCAUCAAUAGCCAAAUAUCGAAGAUUCUCAAUACGACCCGACGCAAUUGCAAGCUCCUGGAAGUCAUGGACUGCGCUAAUGCUGAGAACCGUUGCAUUUCUAGCUACGGCGAGGGAACAACAGUCGAUUGGGCCCGUAUUUAUGUGACCAAUUGGCUAUGUAAGAUGCUCAAAAAGCGGAUGAUGGAUUUUCAGUGA